GCAGCCAUGUUGUUUGCUACGUUGUCAGAAAGCUAGUCUAGCUAGCUGCGCUUGUGUGAGGCGCUGUUCACUGUCGCUAGUACCAGUGUGGAACCAGUCUGAAACCAGUCUGUAGUUCUCCAAGGGUGCCAUGGCGACCUUCCCAGAGUACAUCCAGCAGAACGAGGACUGUGACGGGACACGUUUCAGCUGGAACGUGUGGCCCUCCAGCCGCCUCGAGGCCACACGCAUGGUGGUCCCCGUCGCCUCGCUCUUCACCCCCCUGAAGGAGCGUCCAGACCUGCCCCCCAUCCAGUACGAACCGGUGCUCUGCAGCAGGGCUACCUGUCGCGCUGUUCUCAACCCUCUCUGCCAAGUGGAUUACAGAGCCAAGCUGUGGGCUUGCAACUUCUGUUACCAGAGAAACCAGUUCCCACCCACCUAUGCAGGGAUCACAGAGGUGAACCAGCCAGCAGAGCUGCUGCCCCAGUUCUCCACCAUUGAAUAUGUGGUCCAGAGAGGUCCUCUGAUGCCUCUGGUGUUCCUCUACGUGGUCGACACCUGCAUGGAGGACGAGGACCUGCAGGCCCUGAAGGAGUCUCUGCAGAUGUCGCUGUCUCUGCUGCCCCCUACUGCCCUGGUGGGGCUCAUCACCUUUGGACGCAUGAUCCAGGUUCAUGAGCUGGGCUGCGAGGGCAUCUCCAAAAGCUACGUCUUCAGGGGCACCAAAGACCUCAACGCCAAGCAACUUCAAGAGAUGCUGGGUCUGACCAAGCCCACUGCUGCUCAGGCUGGACGGGGGCCCCAGGCCCCACCACAGCCUCUCUCUAACAGGUUCCUGCAGCCAGUGCAGAAGGUCGACAUGAACCUGACGGACCUGCUGGGGGAGCUGCAGAGAGACCCCUGGCCUGUCACCCAGGGAAAGAGGCCCCUCCGCUCCCUGGGGGUGGCCAUGUCCAUCGCUGUGGGCCUGCUGGAGUGUACGUUCCCUAACACGGGGGCGAGGAUCAUGACGUUCAUCGGCGGCCCGGCCACCCAGGGCCCUGGCAUGGUGGUGGGGGACGAGCUAAAGACGCCCAUCCGCUCCUGGCACGACAUUGAAAAGGACAACGCCAAGUUCAUGAAGAAGGCCACCAAGCACUAUGAAGCGCUGGCUAACAGAGCCUCCACCAACGGACACAUCAUGGACAUCUACGCCUGCGCCCUGGACCAGUCGGGCCUGCUGGAGAUGAAGUGUUGCUCCAAUCACACCGGAGGCUACAUGGUGAUGGCAGACUCCUUCAACACGUCUCUAUUCAAGCAGACCUUCCAGAGGGUCUUCAACAAAGACGUACAGGGCUCUUUUAAAAUGGCUUUUGCUGGAACACUGGAGAUCAAGACCUCCAGAGAGCUCAAGGUGUCAGGUGCCAUCGGCCCCUGCGUCUCCCUCAACGCCAAAGGACCCUGCGUCUCUGAGAACGAGAUAGGAACCGGAGGAACGUGCCAGUGGAAGAUCUGCGGUCUGGACCACAACACCACGCUGGCCCUCUACUUCGAGGUGGUCAAUCAGCACAACGCUCCCAUCCCCCAGGGAGGGCGUGGCUCCAUCCAGUUUGUCACCCAGUACCAGCACUCGAGCGGACAGAAGCGCAUCCGGGUCACCACUGUCGCCAGGAAUUGGGCCGAUGCCAAUACCCAGAUCCAGAACAUCGCUGCGUCCUUCGACCAGGAGGCUGCGGCCAUCUUGAUGGCGAGGUUGGCAGUGUACCGGGCAGAGACCGAGGAGGGCCCUGACGUGCUACGCUGGCUGGACCGACAGCUCAUCCGCCUGUGUCAGAAGUUUGGAGAUUACCACAAAGAUGACCCCAAUUCCUUCCGCUUCUCAGAAACCUUCUCCCUCUACCCUCAGUUUAUGUUCCACCUGAGAAGGUCUCCCUUCCUCCAAGUGUUCAACAACAGUCCGGAUGAGUCUUCCUACUACCGCCACCAGUUCAUGAGGCAGGACCAGACCCAGUCUCUGAUCAUGAUCCAGCCCAUCCUCUACGCCUACUCCUUCAACGGGCCGCCUGAACCAGUUCUCCUAGACAGCAGCAGCAUCCUGCCAGACAGGAUUCUCCUCAUGGAUACAUUCUUCCAGAUCCUCAUCUACCACGGAGAGACGGUCUCUCAGUGGCGCAAGGCAGGCUACCAGGAGAUGCCAGAGUACGAGAACUUCCGGCACCUUCUGCAGGCUCCCGUUGACGACGCGCAAGAGCUCCUACACACACGCUUCCCAAUGCCUCGCUACAUAGACACAGAGCAUGGAGGCAGCCAGGCUCGUUUCCUGCUCUCCAAAGUGAACCCAUCCCAAACCCACAACAACAUGUAUGCCUGGGGCCAGGAAUCAGGUGCUCCUAUCCUGACUGAUGAUGUCAGCCUACAGGUCUUCAUGGACCAUCUGAAGAAGCUGGCUGUCUCCAGUGCUGCCUGAUCCUCUACCCCCUACCACCACCACCCCUACCUUACCCCCUCCCUCCCCACACCUCCACCCAAUUAAUAGUAGUCUGGCGACCCGGCCAUCCAAUCAGUAGUCAUCGAUCAGCUAACCAUCCAAUGAGGAGUAGCUUUCAGCUGAGGCCAAUCAAACAAGCAGAUUUGUGAUCUGUUUGAGCCAUUGUGAGAGGAAGUUUCAACACAAACCAAGUAGCCGUAUCUCACCUGUGAACCAGAUUGAAGGCUGUUCCGGACAGGGCUGUAGUUUAGCAUAUCAUAUAGAUUUGGUCUCUGCGUUUAAGCAAUUACAUCAUAAAAACUGCAUCCAGCAGUGCUGCCUAUUGGUAGUCUACCCACUUGUAGAACCGUCUGUGUUAGUGCUUGGUUGGAACACAAA